CCAUAUACCGUGUUUAUGUAUGCAUACAUCCACGCAAACAUAACCUGAAAUAUUUUGAGCUUUCUUUCUACGUCGAUCAAUCAAAAGGAUAUUUAUAUCGCGGAAUCUCUCGGCUUAAGAAUACGAAUUCUUACGAGUUGGAAAAAUGCUUUGCGAACUAUCGAUGCAGUCGGCCUAAAAUUUUUCCUCAACUUGGGGAAUAACAGCCUAAAAAGAAAAUAAAUAACACACAAAAUUUACCUAUAAUGAAUUAAUUACAACCGGGAAGAAGAAAAAACGACAAGGAUGACUGGAUGUGAACUCAAUCAAAUAUUCCUGGGUGAAGUCGCAGCUGUUCAAAACUAUGGGGCAUUUGUCAGAAUACCAGGGUGCACUCAGCAGGGGCUCGUUCACAAGUCGCAGGUCAGUUCUUCGCACGUUGACGAUGUUGGGGAUGUGCUGCAGCGAGGGGAGCGAGUAUGGUGUAAGAUAAUAUCAAUAAACGAGGAGGGUAAAAUAAGCCUGUCGAUGAAGCUGGUCAAUCAGGGAAACGGGACAGAUCUGGAUCCAAAUGGCGUCCAACUUCAGAGGGAUGAGCAGAAGAGGAAAACAAUGGGGCCUAAUCAAAGAAAAGUUAUCCAGCUUCAGGCCGUGCUUAAUACAACGUGCGCCAAGUGCGGAACUCACGGUCAUCUUUCAAGUGAUUGCUUCAUGAGCCCGGGUGGCAAAACUUACGAGCUGAUACCCGAAAUCGAGGGGGAGGACAAAACAGAAGAAGCGACAAAGCCAGAGAUAGAGGAGGGUACAGUUGAGACGAAGAUUAAGAAGCAUAAGUCCAAGAAAUCAAAGAGUAAGAAGAAAUCCAAGAAAUCAAAGUCAAACGAAGAACCACUGGGCAAUGACAGCGACUCUGAGAAUGGGGAGAGAGGGAAGAAGUCGUCAAAAAAACGAAGCAAGGAUAAGAAGAGAAAACGAAAGAAGGAGAAGAAGAGCAGGGAUAAUUCGUCACAAAGUAAUUCGACCGAUGAAGACGACAAGAAUGGCGACGAAGAGGAUAUUGAUGGAAUAAAGAGUUCUUUGAAGCGAAAGAUUUCCGAGCUUGGCAAAGAGAGGCGCACGAAAAAGUGUAAAUAUUCCAGUUCUAAGCGUUAAGAAUGAUCAAGAAUAAUAAUAAUAAUAAUAAUAUUAUCCUCGAACAAGUCGAAAA